GGAGAUGGAGGAACGACAAGUGCGCAUCCAAUAAUUUGGGAGACGCAACUGAAGCCGCCAUUUUUACACUGUUUCUGUCAGUUUCUCCGUGUGAUUUGAAAUUUGACGUUCAAGAGCAACUUAACCUCAAAAUAAUUCCCGGAAAAUUUCGUUUAUUUCGGCUUUAUUCUUUCGUAGUUCACAGUGUCGAGUGCUGGUGCUCUCUAAAGUGUUUAGAAAUGACUUGUACAGUGGAAAGCUGCAAAAAUAUUCGGCGUUUCAAGCCAGAAGGUGUAACGUUCCACAGGUUACCUCGAGACUCCGGCAAGCUCGAACAAUGGCUCCAUAUUUUGGGCAAAGAUAAUUUAUUAGACUUGGAAUCCACCAAGUAUAAACUAAUUGGCUCCAAACAUUUCGAAAGAAACUGUUUUAUUAUAAAAAAUGGUAAAAAAUACUUGGUUCCCUCCGCUGUUCCAUCAUUACGUUUAUCAUCAACACCUUCACGAAGAGAGAAAGAAGGCCUUUCGUCUUCGAAUACCUUGCAAUUUUCAAUUGAUUCUUCGAGGGCAUCGACUUCUGGAGUUGGGCAAAUUUCCGAAAUAAAUAGAUUCUCAUCGUCAACCGGUAGCAGUUCUAACGCUAGUAGGAAAAGAAGACGUAAAAUUUUAAUUGUUCAAAGAGAUCAUUCAUAUAACAUUACGCCUGGAAUACUGAAUGAAAAAUUCCGAAACUUGAGAGAACAACAACUAAAAUCCCGCAGAAAGCUUUAUAAAGCUAAGAAACAAAUAAAAAAUUUGAACAAGAAAGUCACUUCGCUUCAGGCAAUAAUUAAGAGCUUAAAAGAGAAUAACAUGAUUUCGGAUAGCCACUUUCAUGGUUGCUGUCGCUCAAAAAACAUAUGAGUAUAACUUGUUUGAAGAAUUGGACCACCAUUUUUCAUGCUUCGCCUUCAGUGAAGAAAAUCACAAAUUCCUGCUUAUUAAAUUAAUAAUAAAAAAUUAUUUAAAAAUACGAAUUUUCAGUUUAGGUCGCAGAUAUACACAAAAAAUGUCUGGGCCUCUAGUGCGGCAACAGCUCACUAAAUUAAUUUUAUUCAAUCACCAAUAAAUAAUAUGUUAUUAUGA